UCAUCACGUCUUCUUGGGUCGUUACUGGUGCACCGGUGAUCUCGAUGUUGUUACGCCGACUGUACUGCCCCAGAGUCUGGACCCUCUCCCGCAGCUCGAUUACAGAGUUGCUCAUCUCUCCGUGUUAAGCAUUUUUUUGUUUUCCUUUUUCAAAGAGACUGGUUUUCUACUUGCUGUACAUUUCCAAUGAAUUCAUUACUCUGAUCCAUCUUAUCAGAUAUAAACUGUAAUGAAUCGGUCAAGCUCCCCAUUUCAUCGCGGACACAAAAUUCUGCAAAUACUUCUUUUUUGAAGUCGCACAAAACUUUUUUUGAGGUAUUCUUAGGUUAUAUUCGUAUCUAUGAUCGUAGAUGCUUCACUUCUGCAAUCCUUGCGUUUCCAGUCUCGGGAGGAUCUAGAUUUUCUACCUUCUUCUUUUACGCUUUCAAAAUUGAAUUCUUCUAUAAUUAUAACUGAUUUAUCGAGGUCUAACAAACAGCACUGGUUAUCUCUAUUCUAUUUAUUCAUAGAAGUUUAACAGAGGAGAGAUUACGUACGUAACAUUGUGUAUCUCUACCAGCUGAUAAAAUAGAAGCCAUAUGUUUCAAGUGGUUGUUGUUGUAGUCAAACUUUGUCAGUUACAAUAAUGUCAUCCGCGAGUGUGGAAUUUUGGAAGCUGGGAAAGAAGAUAGUCGGAGCUGGUUUCAAUUACAAACUUAUAUGUGCUGACAGAAACAUUCCACUUCCAACAAAACCAGUAAUUUUUAUGAAACCUACAACUGCUUAUAUUACUCAAGGACAAAAUAUUCAGAUACCUAAGGAGCUUGAAGUAAACGAAGACGUCGAGCUGGGUGUUGUAAUUGGGAAAAAUUGCAAGAACGUAAAGCCUUCAGAAGGGCUAGAAUAUGUUACGGGAUACUGCCUUGCUCUAGACCUCACUGCGACCAACUUUAUGAACGAAGCGAGAAAGAAAGGUCUGCCCUGGGACCUCUGUAAAGGGUUUGACACCGCAUGCCCUGUGGGCAGCUUCAUCCCCAAGCAGAAGAUCCCGGACCCCAGUAACGUGCGGUUGUGGUGUCGCCUAAAUGGGGAGAUGAAGACUGACGCCAACACCUCGGACAUGAUAUUCUCUGUGGGGGAGUUGAUCAGCUAUAUCUCCCAGUACAUGACCUUGGAGCCCUACGACCUUAUCCUGACAGGAUCCUCCCGCGGCAACUGCCAGAUACACCCCGGGGAUGUCCUGGAGGGUGGACUGGAGGAACUUGUCACUUUCAAGUUUUCUGUCGCGGCCGCCAGCUGAACAUCACAAAAUAUCUAAAACCUAUAUUCUGUGAAAAGUUAUAUGAUUUUCGAUGUGUUUUAAACAUCUUUAACUCGAAUAUAAACAAACUAGUUUCAUAAAUUUAUAAUCUUAUCGUGUUUCUUAUUACGAUGUGGUGAAAAUAUAAUUCUGUUGGCCUAGUGUUAUCUAAAAUACAAUAGUAAAUGCUUUAGUUUGCAGUCUGAA